UCCUCACAAACUUCUAUUCUUGGCGUUACGUACGUUGUCCACCGUUUCUUCCCUCUCUUGACCCCCCACAUUUCCUUCUCCAGAGAGAAAACAGAACAAGGAAAGCAAGGCAACGAAAGAAAGAAGAAGCUGAUGCAAUCAAUCCUCGUUGCCCCAGCUGAAGCUUCUCCUUCUUGCUUUUUAGCCACUGUUUUGACGUUGUGGCAAUGCUAAUGGGGGCGCACAUAGCUAGGCUUGUGCGCACACCAAAUCCAUCGUUAGCUCUUGCGCUUGUUUCUUUGUUAUCAUUGGUCGCCAUCUCAUAUGGUGAUACGGAUUUGGAGACCCUCUUAACCUUCAAGGACUCCUUAGCAAACCCAUCAGCUCUUAGCAAUUGGAAUGCUUCUAUUAGCCCAUGCCACAAGGAUCAAGCAAAUUGGAUCGGCGUGCUUUGCCUUAAUAAUACAAUAUGGGGUUUGCAACUUGAAAACAUGGGGCUAGCAGGGCUAGUGAAUAUUGAUAUCCUUGCUGCAUUGCCUAACUUGCGCACAAUAAGCCUUAUGAACAACAAUUUUGAGGGUACAAUGCCAGAAAUAAGGAAAUUGGGUGCUUUGAAGGCUUUGUAUUUGUCAAACAAUCGUUUCACCGGGGAGAUUCCUAAUGAUGCAUUCAAAGGGAUGAGGUCUUUGAAGAAAGUGUUUUUGGCAAAUAAUGCUUUCUCUGGUGCAAUUCCCUCAUCGCUAACGACAUUGCCUAAGCUUGUUAUUUUGAGACUGGAGGGAAAUCAAUUUGUUGGCCAAAUACCUGAUUUUAAGCACAAGAGUAUCAAGGUGGUGAACUUGGCUAGCAAUCAAUUGGAGGGACCUAUCCCUGCAAGCUUAAGCAAAAUGGGCGCAAGCAUGUUUUCAGGCAACAGAAAUCUGUGUGGGCAACCUCUCCAAGCAUGCACCUUCACCAGUCCCCCGCCUAGCCCUUCACCUAAACCCUCAGCCAGCCCCCAAGCUGUCCUCUCAUCCCUAGAUAAAGAGAUAUCUGAUCUGAAAAUUGCAUUGAUUGUGGUAUCCAUAGUGUUGCUUGUCGUGAUCAUUGCAGCAAUUAUUUUCAUUAUCCCGCAGAAGAAACAAAAAUCCAAAGUAUUACAGGCAACUGAUCUUGAUGACUCGAACAAGCUACCAGCUUAUGAUGAAGGGGAAAAGAAAGUGUCGGAGGGUGGUGGCGUGAUGAAGAGGCCUGACCAUGGGAAGUUGAUAUUUUUGAAAGAUGAUUUGGAGGCGUUCGACUUGCAAGACCUGCUUAGAGCCUCGGCAGAGGUUCUUGGAAGUGGGAAUUUUGGAGCUUCAUACAAGGCCGGUAUAUUGAAUGGUGAAGCCGUGGUGGUGAAGAGGUACAAGCAAAUGAACAAUGUGGGGAGGGAAGAUUUUCAUGAGCACAUGAGAAGAUUGGGAAGGUUGAACCAUCAGAACUUGCUGCCUCUUGUGGCCUAUUACUAUAGGAGAGAGGAGAAAUUGUUGAUUUCCGAGUUUAUGGAGAACGGUAGCUUGGCUGGUCAUCUUCAUGCUAACCAUAGUCUAGAUCAACCUGGUCUGGAUUGGCCGACUCGGUUGAAGAUCAUAAAGGGUGUGGCGAGGGGUUUGAUUUAUCUCUACAACGAGCUUCCUAGCCUAGUUGUGCCCCAUGGUCAUUUGAAAUCUUCCAAUGUGCUUCUGGACGAGGAUUUGGAGCCUCUGCUGUCUGAUUAUGCCCUAAGGCCAGUGAUCAACCAGGAGCAGGCUCACAUGGUCAUGACUGCUUACAAAUCACCAGAGUAUGCUAUAAAUGGCCGCAUAAGCAGGAAGACUGAUGUGUGGUGCCUCGGAAUACUCAUCAUGGAGGUCUUAACCGGUAAGUUUCCAGAGAACUAUCUAACGCCAAGUUAUGACAGCAAUACAAAUUUAGCCAAUUGGGUCAAUGAGAUGGUCAAGGAGAAAAAGAGCAGUGAAGUUUUUGACAAGGAGAUGGCAGGAACAAAGAACAGCAAAGGUGAAAUGAUAAACCUUUUGAAGAUUGGAUUAAGCUGUUGUGAAGAGGAUUUCGAGACAAGGCCGGAGUUGAAGGAGGUUGUGCAAAAGAUUGAACAGUUGAAAGAGGGGGACGAUGAAGACUUUUCUUCAACCAUGGGUGAAGUGAAUGCAGCUAUCUUUAGAGGAAAUAUGGAGGAUGAAUCAUAUUUCUCCCUCAAUCGUUGAUCAGGACUGCAAAAUCAAGGGAAUGUGGAUAUUAGGAUGCCCACAGCUAUACAUGUGUUUCAUAAAAAUUCCCAUAAAUUCAUGAAGAACAUGAUGGUCUAUGGGAGCUAGCCUUCUCCAUGUAUAGAAUCAAAACUUACUGGUUAGGCUGAAAUUUUGGACAUGGAGGUUCACAUUUCUAUGUUGCUGAAACAUGUGACUUUUUAGUUGAUAGAAAAUCCUUUUCAAACUCAAAGAAAAGACAACAACA